GCUUGUGGCGUCAAUGCGCCUGCCCGUGUCCAUGGAGAGAGGCUGAGGUGUCCGAGCUCCCGGGCCCUCGGCGAGCCCCGGUGGCCGGGGACGGCGAAGAUGUCGGCUUCGUUAGUCCGCGCCACUGUCCGGGCUGUGAGCAAGAGGAAGCUGCAGCCCACCAGGGCCGCCCUCACCCUGACACCAUCGGCAGUAAACAAGAUAAAACAGCUUCUUAAAGAUAAGCCUGAGCAUGUAGGUGUAAAAGUUGGCGUCCGAACCAGGGGCUGUAACGGCCUUUCUUAUACUCUAGAAUAUACGAAGACAAAAGGAGAUUCUGACGAAGAAGUCGUUCAGGACGGAGUCAGAGUGUUCAUCGAGAAGAAAGCCCAGCUAACACUCUUAGGAACAGAAAUGGACUAUGUUGAAGACAAAUUAUCCAGUGAGUUUGUGUUCAAUAACCCAAACAUCAAAGGAACUUGCGGCUGUGGAGAAAGCUUUAACAUUUGAAUCCUCAGGACACCUCUGGCCGCCAGCUCCAGGGAAGCGCACGCACGCCUUGGGACUCACGGAAGAAAUCGUGUGACUGUCACGUGCUUCAGGGUUAUAACGGGAAAAUAAAACAAUGCAUUUUGGAAAUGAAGCCAGUGUGUUAGCUGCCAGGAGACGUGGGAUCCGUGCGCUCUGUAGGAAACCGAGCCUGAGAGGCCGUCGCUCUCUGGAUCGUUUUCUUCUCUGAGGACAGGAACCCGGCUGCACACCUGACCCUUCUGUCAGCACCAGUUUCCCUCAGGCCGCCCCCCAAGGAGGUCAGCGUUCCUGGAUCUCCACCGCGUGGCGGCACGGCUGUCUCCCUCGCCGCUGUUCCCACCACAUUGCUGGCUCCUAAAACGCAGCAGCAGGAAGUCCAGGCUGCUGGGAGCAACGUGAUGGUGCAUUGUAGCCAUUUUCCAUUGUUACCAGGACGCUCAUUGUCAGAUGCCUCCUCUGCAGUAUUUAGCAGAGCUGGGCAAAGAUUCCCUUGAAGUGCAGUGCGGAAUAGCUCGCCAUGGUGAUGGCCAAAGGUGAGAAACACUGGAGCCACCUGUUCUCAAUCCAUUUCUUUUGCCACCUAAAUGCCUGAACGAGGGGAUCUCAAGCCCGCCUGCGAUUCUCUUGAUUGGAAGAUGCCUGUUGGACCAUGCACCCUCUGCGGCCCCCCCCCAACACCUCGUCCCCCAGUUCUUUUUCUGAGGAAGCAGAGACCCCACGGGCACCCGGGGGCUCGUGUGCCCCGUCGUUCACAAGAUCAGGGGUCCCUGCCCUUCCCUGGAGGUGGUUCCUGUGCACUGUACUCCAGGCGGUCGCUGACGGACACGGUGACCCGGCAUCUUCGUCCGGUCAGCUUUCUGAUGGGAUUGCGUUCUAGUUUGGUGGUUAGCACAUUAGUUUUGAGUGGGAGGAGUCUUCAAAACCUUUUUGUGUGAAUCACCAUUGUUUAGAACUUGUAGGCAUGGUUUCCUCAAGCCGAGCGGGCACACACGCACUCAGAAUUAAUGCUUUGGGAAGGUGGGAGCAGCCGCGAAGCAGAUCGUGGAAGCUUAAUUAAAACCCCCAAAUCCGAGUCCGCUCUCUGGUCCCUGAGCCAGUCCCUGCAAGUUUAAACAUGUUUUUAACCUAACACUGCUAUCGUCAUCUUUGACAGUGUUCCUUUUGCUUUAGUUUCUUGAUUUUUCUGAGUUUGACACAUGAAGGAUUCUGAGAUGACGUAGACACUUUCUUUGAACACCGAUCUCAUCAAAGUAGCUGAGUUCCUUUACAUCUGUCCUGUUUACUAAAGUACCUGGCACAAAAUGUACCUGGCACCAAAACCUAGAGCAGUUGUCAUGGAAAUGCCAUGAGUUUGUUCUGUUAAUAUAAUUGUGAUCCACUUAUAAUUUAUGCAAUACUGUAUGUGUGUAGAAGUUCAGUUAUCAAUUAAAAAAAAGUGGCUUCUUUGUGAUCAUAAAGUUGCCUUUUCUUAUG